GAACACCACAUUUUUUGAUUUCUACACGUCCUAUAUUUCUGGCAGCUAGGUCCAAGGAGCAUCAGGUCUCUCUACAGUACAGCAUGGUCGCCGCAGAGUAUGCCCGCUACUCAAGCCCUCUCACUUCUCGCUAUGCAUCGAAAGAAAUGAGCGAGCUCUUCUCUCCUGCCCGUCGAUUUGGCACAUGGCGCCAGCUCUGGCUCAAUCUUGCCAUUGCAGAGCAGCGUAUGGGUCUCACGCAAAUCACAGACGAGGCUAUUGAGCAAAUGAAGCAGCAUCUCGAUUUGACGGACGAAGAAUUCGACAUUGCUGCAAUUGAGGAGAAGAAGCGCCGUCACGAUGUCAUGGCUCAUGUCCAUACAUUCGGUCUCGCAUGCCCAGCUGCGGCCCCUAUCAUUCAUCUCGGUGCUACAAGUUGCUUCUGUACAGACAACGCGGAUCUUAUCUUCCUUCGAGAAGGCUGUGACUUGCUCCUUGGCAAGCUUGUUAAUGUGAUUGACCGCAUGUCGCAGUUCGCCUUGCACCACAAGGACUUGCCGACACUGGGCUUCACCCAUUACCAGCCCGCACAGCUGACGACAGUUGGCAAGCGCGUGACACUUUGGAUCCAGGAGUUGCUCUGGGAUCUUCGCAACAUUUCUCGCGCAAGGAACGAUAUUGGCUUCCGUGGCGUCAAGGGCACUACCGGAACACAAGCUUCCUUCUUGACCUUGUUCGAUGGUGACCACGACAAGGUCGAACAGCUCGAUGAGCUCGUCACGGAGCUCUGCGGCUUUGAGAUCAACUAUCCAGUCACGGGCCAGACUUAUUCUCGCAAGAUUGACAUUGAUGUCCUUGGCCCGCUCGCCUCUUUCGGCGCAACUGCACACAAGAUCUGCACCGACAUUAGAUUGUUGGCCAACCUCAAGGAAAUGGAAGAACCUUUCGAGAAGGACCAGAUUGGUUCCUCGGCCAUGGCUUAUAAGCGCAACCCCAUGCGUUCAGAGCGUGUCUGCUCACUGUCGCGGCAUCUCAUGACGCUCAUCAACGAUGCGACCAUGACGGCAUCCGUGCAAUGGUUUGAGCGAACGCUCGAUGACUCUGCCAUUCGCCGUGUCUCUAUCCCUGAAGCAUUCUUGACAGCAGACAUUGUACUAAGUACAUUGAUGAAUAUCUGCGACGGACUUGUCGUCUACCCACAGGUCAUCGCCAAGCACGUCAAGGCAGAGCUUCCUUUCAUGGCCACCGAAAACAUCAUCAUGGCCAUGGUCCGCAAAGGCGGUGACCGUCAAGUCUGUCACGAGGAGAUUCGUGUGCUUUCCCACGAAGCUGCGUCCGUGGUCAAGAACGAGGGUGGCGACAAUGACUUGAUUGAGCGGGUCCGCAAAAACAAGUACUUUGCUCCCAUUCACGCUGAGCUCGACACUUUACUGGAUCCCUCAACGUUUGUUGGCCGCGCACCGCAACAGACUGAGAAGUUUUGCAAAGUGACCGUCGCCAAGGCACUGGAACCAUUCGCAAAGUAUCUUUCUGAUGUCAAGGUCGAGCUUGCUGUUUGAUCUCUUCACUAUCUAA